UGUAUUAUCGAAUGUGAUAUACGUGUGAAAAUCCAUUUUUAAUUUAAGAUUAAAAUGCCAAAUUUCAUAAAUUGUCUCUAUCUAAUAGUCCUAAUUGUACAACCGACACUCUAUGACGCAACCCGCAUCACCGGAAGCUACAGAACGGAUGAAUUCUUUCACUUCAUCAACAAAUUCGGGUUCCAGAAGACGGACAAGCACUCGCAAAAGGACAGUUUUGGCUACAUUUUCGGCAAUAUCACGUCGAACGAUGACUUGAAGGAGACCCCAAUUACGCUCGCGGUGCAGGACAAGUACACCUUCAUGGAGUUCUAUGGGAAUCGCAGCAUCAAGGAUCGUGAUGUGGCAUGUGCAAAAAUGUUCGAAAAAGUCGGAAGAAUCGCCUUCGACAGCGACUGCAACCCGGAUGCCAAGGGCGACUAUUUUCGGAAGAUUCCGUGCAAGCCAGGCACCGUGUGCAAGGAUGAGGAAAGGUCGACAGUGAUUCCCGGCAGCCAAUUAACUUUUGAAAUUAGUGACUUAAAGCAACCACGAUUCUGGUACGUGAGCAUGGUGGCCUGUUAUCGAAAUGUAACAACAUGUACAUGGCACUAUUACGACUAUCGUAAAUUCAAUCAUGCCCGUGCUCCAAUCAUUUCGUUCGACUUGUACUUGGUGAACGGAAAUCCCAAACAAACUACUGCAGACAAUGUAUUCGACUCAACAAUCAGUCCUCUAGAGUACCAUUUCUCGUUCGAUCGGCAGUACAUUCUGCAAAUGUACUUGAUAUUCUUUGCGGUGUACUUGGUUUUAGUGCCGUUACAAAUUGCCGCAGCACGAUUGCAAAAGCACCCCGUCACACGGCUCUUUACCGUCAGCUUGACGUUGGAGUUUAUCAGUUUGUGCUUCAUGCUGGGACACUGGGUGCGAUUUGCCUUCGAUGGAGUCGGCAAUGAAAAUUUGUCCAUUACUGGAUCUAUUUUUGAUAUUUUUAGUCGGACAUCAUUCAUGCUGAUAUUACUACUUUUGGCAAAAGGAUGGGCCGUCACUCGCCUGGAAAUCAAUCGGAUCGAUUGGUUAAUCUUAAUGUUAAUCUGGAUACCAUAUUGUAUAUUCCACAUAUUUUUGUACAUCUGGAAUAGAGUAGAAGUUGACAUAAUUUCCGACAUUGAUGAGUAUCAAACGUGGCCAGGUUGGCUUGUGCUCGCCUGUCGCUCCCUGAUGAUGCUCUGGUUCCUGUAUGAACUACGAAACACCAUGAAAUACGAACAUUCAUCGAAAAAAUUAGACUUUUUACUUCACUUUGGUGCAUCUAGUCUCGUAUGGUUUAUAUAUCUGCCUAUUGUAGCAUUAGUUGCUUUACAAGUCAGUCCAUUAUGGCGUUAUAAAUUAAUUUUAGGAAUAACAAACUCAGCAGACUGUUUGGCAUACUGCGUAAUGAUGGGACUCUUGUGGCCCAAUCGUACGGGUCAGUACUUAUUAUUGGCAGCAUCGAAUUACGCCGGCAUGGAUGAACUGGAUGAAUUUAAUGAGGCGCCGCACGUUUUGCCGCGACAAAAUUUCAAUCCGGCACUUGCCAAUAGCAUAGAAGAUGACGACGACAAUGGCCUUGAUGCCGAUAGUGAGACACUUGUGUUAAGCACAGAUGAUCUUUUAGUGAAUAAUCACGGUGAUAAUGCUGAACAUGUUAUUUUUUCACGCGAAAUGAAUGGACAUGCCGUCCAUGACUUUACACGAAAUAGUAGAAAUGUCGCAUAGAAAGUUUCGUUCUCGACCUCGACACACACAAAAAAACACAAAACACUCGUUAUUGUCGUUAUUUAGAGUAGAAAAAAGACUUUAUAUUUAUUAUUGUCUUAUGUGUUAUAGACAUUUAAUCAACUACUAGUCUGUGUCUAUCUUUUAAGAAAAAACUUUUUUUCCCUAUUCUUUCUAACAAGUCAACAAUCUGUACUUUCCAUCCAUCCAUCCUCUCUUUUUGAAUUAAUAGCAAUAUUUUCUUUUCCUUAAUUCAACAAAAUACUUACAAAUAAUUGCCAAAAUACAUAUAUACAAAUGAAAAUUAUGACAGGUUAUAUUGUUGAGAUUAUUUUUUAAGCAAUGUUAAGGCGCGGAUUUUGCUCACUCGCCUUUUGUAUUAAAAUAAUUAUUUAUAAACAAACAUAUAUGUUAAUUUUAUAUAUAAAAAAAAU